CCUAUUCGACUAGACGAAAGUGGAAAUGCGAAGAGAUAAUUCCGGUGGUGAAUUGGGCAGUUUGACCCAUGUCGUAAAUGAUCAACGACGUGAACGAAGCGAAGAAGGCACGAACAAUUACCAUCAUGAAGAGUUCACGUGUCUACUUAAUACCAACCUGACCGCCGACGGUAUUCACACACAACAGUGUUCUCACAGUGACGUUAAUGCCAACAGUCAAUUUGAUGCCGAAAAACCAAAUGAAAGUGUGAAGAGUCAGUCAGAGCAACAUUUCUGUGCAAGGAUAAAACAAUUCAGAACAAAAUUCAAAGUGGAUAAAAAUUUUCGCCAUAAAUUUAGUUACAGUUUCUUUCUGGUAUGGUCGUUCUUCAUUCUGGGAUGGAUGUUGGGUCAGGUCGGACCAUCCCUUCUCGACUUACAACUAAUCACAAAUGUCACUUUGGAAACGGCAGCAUUCUAUGUGACGUCACUAUGCGCUGGAUAUAUGGCAGGAUCGUUCUUGGGUGGCAUUCUGUAUGAUCGUUUCAACAAAUUUUUACAAGCCUGGCUGUUCUUGAUUGGAUUGGCAGGGACAGUUUCUCUCGUUCCCUGGUGUACCCACUACGUUGUAAUGUUUGCAGUACAGUUCUUAGUAGGCAUUUUCCAAGGAUGCAUUGAUACGGUGAGCUGUGCAGAGAUGGUAUCAAUAUGGAAUAAAAAGACCAGCCAGUCUUUCAUGCAGGCUCUCCAUUUUGGUUUUGCGUCAGGUGGCAUCAUUUCGCCUCUAAUAACAGCACCGUUUCUAGCCCAUAGAAAUACUUUGGUUACACCAGCCUUCGAAAACCUUAAUUCCAGCGUUGUUCUGUUGACUUCCUCAGUCAAACAUCAAGAAAUAUAUUCCGCUCCUUUUACAUACAGUAGUGUAUCUAAUAUUUCAUACAAUGAUUCUAGACUGGAAUUGGUAAGUAAUGUAUCAUCAUUGGAAACCCCUUCGUCUAUAGAACAUUCCUCAGAAUACGAGACAUCCCGGGUACAUAUUGCAUAUGCAAUAUCUGGUGUUGUCGCAUUCUUGGUUUCUCUGCCAUUUUUAAUAAUAUAUUUACGAAUACGUAGCGACUUUAAUCGUCAUGGAUGUGAGGAUAGAAAACGGUCGAACACUCCACUCCCGUUGUCAGUAAAGAUAGUAGUUUUAAUCAAUAUGAGUGCAUUGUCUAUGCUUUACACGGGACUAGAAGAAACGUUCGUUGAAUUCCUUUCCGCAUUCUGUGUGGAACAAGUGAAUUGGACAAAAACACACGGAUCCCUGGCCACGUCCCUUUAUUUUGGUUCUAUAGGCCUGGGACAUUUCAUCAACAUGUUUACUGUCAGAAUGGUCGAUCAUGUAAAACUCAUGGGCAUGAAUUGUUUUAUGUUGAUACUAGCGAUGAUUGUACUGACUUUGAGUGCUGAUAACAUCUUCCAUGCCGGUGUGUGGGUUGCACCUCCACUUGCCGGACUUUCUCUCUCUAUCAUUUAUCCCAUCAUAUUUACAUGGACAGAGGACGUGUUCAUACCCGUCACUGGAAGAAUCUCAUCCCUAUUUAUCCUGACAGGGGCUAUGGGCAGCAUGAUCAACCCAUUAAUUCUAGGGAUCUUAAUGGACGAGCAAAGUCCUAUGUGGUACUGCUACCUCCUUCUCAUAGAAAGUAUACUGCAGUUUGUUUUUUACCUGUCUGGAUUAGCACUGCAGCGAUUUGUUAAAACAAGGUAUCGUGAUGCCGAUAGAAAAACAAAUGAAAUGCACACACAUUGUGAGAUAACAAAGGCUUCUGAAUGCUAA